AUGCAUCGUGUUGUCCAGAAUUUCAAUAACGCCCACCUGAGGCAAAGGAAAGACGUUGAGGACACCCACACUUUCGGUGUGCCUUUAAGCUGUCUGGUUGAUUUGCCGUCUAUGAGCAUUCCCCGAAUUGUAACGAACAUCUGCGAAUUUUUACUUAAGUACGGACUGUGCGUUGAGGGAAUCUUUCGUGUUAAUGGAAGUGCGAAGAAAAUAUGCAGUUUAAAGGCCCUCUUCGAUGUCUCGCCCGACUUCAGUCUGACGAAUUCCUAUGUACACGACAUUCAUGCGAUUUGCGGCGUUUUCAAACUUUUUCUGCGAGAAAUCCCCGACGGCCUCGUUCCAGCGCUACCUACGAAGAAUGUCGUAAAGGUCAUGGAUCGUUUCAAGGACGACAAAUCUCGGUGCACGGAGCACUUAGGGAUGAUACUUGACACCCUGCUUGAAGAAAACUACACCUUGUUGAAUUAUCUUUGCAACUUUCUUCGAAAGUUUCUUACGCACGAGUCCGUCAAUAAGAUGCCGGCCUCCAAUAUGGGCAUUGUUUUCGGCCCAUGUGUCUUCAAAUGCAGCGCGGGUGUACAAGUGAGCCUUUUAUGUAUUCUUUUGUAUUCUUUUUAUAAACAAUAUUUCAAACCACAUUACUUUAGCCCACGUAUUCUGCCGUGGGAUGUAAACUUUAAAGACCUUGCUUAA